AUGGGCAACCAAAUAUCCAAGAUGAUGGGCAAGAUCUUCGGGUCAAGAGAAAUGCGACUGCUGAUGCUAGGGCUUGAUGCUGCUGGGAAAACAACAAUUCUAUACAAAUUGAAACUGAACCAGGACGUCACAACCAUCCCCACAGUAGGCUUCAACGUCGAGACCGUGACCUACAAGAACGUCAAGUUCAAUGUCUGGGAUGUAGGUGGACAGGACAAGAUUCGGCCGCUCUGGCGACACUACUUCUCUGGCACACAAGGUCUGAUAUUCGUGAUUGACUCCAACGACCGAGCACGCAUCGACGAAGCCAGACAAGAACUCCACAGAAUCAUUCUGGAUCGAGAAAUGAAAGAGGCGCUAUUGCUGGUCUUUGCAAACAAACAAGAUAUCCCAGGCUCCAUGACCCCUACUGAGGUGACUGAGAAGCUGCGACUGGGCCAACUCAAGGAUCGGACUUGGUACGUGGUGCCCAGCUGCGCGACCACAGGAGAAGGACUGCUCGAGGGGUUGAGCUGGCUCUCGACAAAUGUCAAAGCCCAACCAAGGCCCGCGCCCACCAAAUAA